AUGUCAGUAUUUGAUGCUGAGGACGAACAACCUUCAAUAGAAGUCCACAAAAGUCCUGGGGUUUCUGGCAUGGCAGUUCCUAUGGAAAAUCAAUCAAAAGACAACCAUACAUUAGCUUUCCUCAAAAUUAAAGCAUCAGAGUGUCAAUCUCAGGCAUAUCAUAUCCUGGAAACUGCAGCGGCUCCAGUUUUGAAAGAACUUAUAAAGUUUGGCAUACAGAAUUGGAGGUUUGCCACACUUGAUUCUGAUAACACCAGAUUUUUUUGGAAACAACAAGAGAAAGUGAUCAGUGACACAUUGAAACAAGGUAGCAAAGAUGCAAAAUAUUUUUUGGUACUCAGACAUGCUGCUAUUCUUCAUUUGCUGGUUACAGUUCGUGAUCUUUUAUUAACCUGUAACUUGAACACUGCAUUAGAUUAUCUGUCCAAGGCAAAAGACAAUCAUAAAGAUUUCCGAGACUACAACCUGGAUAUUAUUUGGAAACAGCUAAAAAUUGUAGAAUUUGUUGUGCAGGACCACAAAGUCAGUCCCAAAGUGACAGAAUUACAGCAUCUAAUGUCUAAGUGGGUACAGAAUAAUGCAAAUGAUCAGAAUAAGGUAAUAAUUGUAAUUAGAAUGGAUUUUGAUGAAGAAACAGAAGUCCUAAUCAAUACCAUUAAUACAGUGCAAGGCUUGAAGGCCAUAUAUUUGAAUUCUAAGAAAAGAGGAAUGUUGUUCGAGAGUAAACAUAUAAUAAAUAGUUUGGACAUAUAUUCUUGUAUCAUUGUACAUAAUCAACAUAUUGGGCCUGAUUUCCCCUGGACCAAUUUCUCAUUGGUGAUAGAAUACAACUACAAUGAGAAUUCCUGCUGGAUUGAUCUAUGCAAAAAAAAGAAUAUAUCUUACUUAAUUUUCCAAACAGCUCCCCCAGAAGCAAUUGAAACUGAAGAGUUUUUGCCAGAUAAUCUUGGAUAUGAUCUUCUGAGGUUAUCAAUUCCUUAUGUUUUCUUGACAUCUGAAGGACUUCUCAAUACCCCAGAAAUCCUUCAGUUACUAGAAUCCAAGUAUAAUAUUACUUUAAUUGAAAGAAACUGCUGUGAGUCCUUAAACUAUUUUGGAGGCCCAGAACAUUAUGUGGUGAUGACUAUAGAUGAAUGCACAGCUAUUGUUAUGCAGAUACAGAUUUUCUACUAUAACACUAUGAACUACUUUGUAGAUAUAUCUGUUAAAUAUAGCCUAACUGGAAAAACUCUGCAUCAUCUUGCUUUGAUUUAUGCAGCAUUGAUUUCUUUUGCUCAGAAAUCAGAAGACUUUGAAGUGAAGAUGGCCCUUACACCAGGUGUUGAAGAAACAGCACUUUUGGUUUGCCAGAUAGCUAACCAUAUAUUAUUGGCGUCUAAACAACAUCCUCAGGAGUGGCUGAACAAGUCUUGGCUUUCUGUCCUGCCAUCAGAAGCAGAGAAAUGCUUGCUUACAUUUCCAUGCAUGAAUCCAUUAGUUGCUCAAGUCAUGCUAAAGAAAAGUUCUUCACUCGAAUGGCUCCUGGCAGCAUCUUUUGCUGAGCUUCAGGAACUUCUGCCUGAGGUACCAGAAAAGAUUUUGAAGCUGUACUCUUCUUUGGGUGUUGAUAAUAUUUAUGUACAGGUUGGAGUUUCUGUAGUAACUGUUAAAAAGAAUUUUAGUGAUAUCACAUCAUUAUACAUCCUCAAGCCACUAAAAAGACCAGGAACACAAAAAGAAAUAAUGUCUCUUCAUGGAAAUAAUAAUUCUGUCAUCUGUUCUUGUUCUCAACUUCCAUUUCCUGAGGCUUUGUUCUCCAGAUUGCAAGGACAUAGUUCCUUUACCGAGUAUUCAGAAUGCUUUCUCAAAGAACAGAAAAAAAACUGCUCCCCAGAUUUCUGCCAGAAUGGAUCUUGUGGUUGUCUGAAAUCAACUGGAGAGCAUAACUUAGUUGUACCUUCACUAUCAUAUGAAGAAGACACCUGUCCCUUUCAGGAUAAUGUAAGGGUAGAGAGGCAACUUUAUCUUCCAUUUCUGAAACAAGUGGAAACAGAAACAAGAAUAAAUGCAUUGCAUUUAACCCUGAACAAUAUUGGGGAACCUUCCAAUAUCAAUAAUGAAACCACAAUGCCACAUUUGCACUGUAACCAGGACACUAACUCUUAUUUUGAGAAUUGUCCACUGAAUAGAAUGACUGUUUCAAAAGUAGACAGAGGCAAACAAUUAGAUAUCUCUGAGUUCUCAAAAAAUCCUAUCUACCAUGAUGCUAAAAAUGAACAUAUGGGAAAAAUUCAACCUCUUGCACAACAACUGAAUUCUUUCCGUGAUUUCAAGCAUUCUUCUCAUGUCAUUUCUAGUCGAAAAGAUGCUCUGUUUCAGGCAAGCUCAGGCAAUGUUUUCGAAAUAGGAAGAAAAGCAAGCAACAGUCCUGCAUUACAAUCUGAGGAAAGAUUUUGGGGUAACCCCCCAUUCAUACAAGCAAUGGAUUCUUCUCCCUAUGAUUCCAUAUCCAGUCCAGAUAGGUUCAUGAACUUGGGCAUUCAGUUUACUGGAGGAUAUACCAGGGGGAAAGGACGUAAUUCAUUAUCAAGUGAACAAAGACAACAAGAUGUUUCAGGUUUAGAAUGUAUGCAAUUCCCACAGCUUAAAAAAAGGCGUCUAACUUUUGAAAAAGAUCCUAGGAGACAUGAUGGCCAAACACGUCUCAAAUUUUUUUAG